AUGUCCACUGACAGCAUUCACAACCCUUCUUGUUGGGUCAGCCAGGUUAACAGCCAGGAUCCUCUUCUGGACUACUCAACCAUUACGGUGCCCCCUCUCUCAGGCAUCAUGCCUCCAAGCAUGUCUUCUGCAGACAUGCUCACUGCCCUUUACUUGGCCUCUGCAGCUAAAUCACUCUUGGUUCCCACCUACAAACCUUCCAUGUACAUCAAUUCGUGGUUGCACCAAUACUGCACUGAGGCAACAUUGGCUGGAGUUCCCACUGACCUCCUGGGCAAGUUUCUCUGCCAUUACCUACCACCCAACAUUGCUGAGUGGAUCUGCACCUUUGGUUGUCGUAACAACUGGGAGGAGCUCCAUAACCUGCUAAUCAGCACGUAUGGUCUAGACCUGGACAUUGAGAAGGCUCAACGACGUCAGACACUCCAGGCCACUACCCAGAGAAACCUAUCCAUCUGGCUGUUUCAAGUCAAAUUUGCUACCUUGGUAAAUGACAUGCCGAAUUCUGGCUGCCUAUCCAACCGCACCAUCCUGAACAUCUUCCUCAAAAACAUCAAGCCACCCCUUUGUCAAUUGAUCGAACCCACACUGAACAGCAUGGAUGACUGGGAAACUGUCUAUGAGAAGGCUGUAAUGCACGAGGACUGCAUUGGUGACUUGGCACCCCCACGCGCUCGCAACUUCCAUUGCCAAUUUGAGCCCAUGGAUUGUUCUGCCGCGAUUGCCUCUCCUCAACGGCCCAAGCAACAUAGUCUUAACGAUGGAGUCCCAUGUCUAUGGGGACCAGACGGGAGACCCAUCUGUGGUUACUGCAAAGGGGCCCAUUGGAACAAGGACUGCCCUGGGGUUUCUCACUCUGCUGCCAUCACAUAUCAACCUGCUAUAGUCAAAGAAGAGUCCCCUCUGGCUGCCGCCAUCAUGCCUGCUUGGUUGGUCACUACUGGCUCCUCUCAGCCCACAACGUCAGCAGGGCCUUCAGUACCAUAUGUCAUACAGAACAAGGCUUUGUCUGUGCUUGUAGACACAGGAUCCACCAUCACUGCAAUCCGUGCCUCUGCGUUGGAAGGCAUAGUCACCAAGGUUGAUUGUGAUCAGUCCAUUGUAUUCAACACUGCUGCUGGAGCUAUGGCACACUCUCAUGGAACCGUCUCCCUUCCAGUCACUCUCCUUGGGCGCCCUCUGGAACUUACCUUCUAA